ACUUAUGUAGGUUUUGACUGAUUUAUCUGAAAAGUCUAAUAAGGUUCACUUCCAAGUAAUGACACUGAGGCAAAUGGAAAUCUGUGUUGUGGAACGUCCCCAAAACACAAGGGAUUAUGGGUAGGAGGAUCAUCAUGUUUGGAAAGCUGAGCAUGUCUUACUGGCACUCGCUCAGAUUUGUUUUGAAUCUCUUAUCUGGCCGUAGCUGGCCUGGAUUGGGCAGCACCAACCUAAACCCUUCAAAUUCAAAAACAGAAUAGCAAAUUUUGGACUCACUUCAUUCGUUUUUCGGUAUCUGCCGGCUGGAUUGGCCUUCCACGCAAGUGAAAACUACACGUUGUUCUCGGUGCAUCAGAGAAAACUGCUCUGCACUGAAUGACAUUUGAACAGUCACAUGUUGGUCUCAGAGGGGUUUUGGCUGUUUUGAAAUGGAGGUCCAGUUAUUUCCUGGCUCCCUACAGUGGAACCCCACAAAAAAACACCUGAUCCAGCAUAGAGUGUUUCUCUCUGUGUGUGUGUGGGUGUGUUUGAACAGCGUCUUUGUUCAAACCCAGAGGGAAGCUCUCAGCUCUUGGUUUAAUUCAGAAAUGCAGGAAAUUCAUUCACAUGCAGGAGAGCUGAAAUGUGGAGGCUUUGUCACAGUCAGUAUCACAGAAGGUGGUAAAAUGCUUCCCAAACACACACACACACACAUACAAACUCACAAUACAAUGUCAGCAUAAACACAAACUCACAGAGGGAUACAGUUAAAUCUGAUAUAUGAACCAUACAGUGCAUGAUAUAAGCAAACACCGGCUAAGCUUUAGCAGAAGCAGACUGAAGCACAUUUACAUUUAUAAACCCACAUAUGCAACUUGGACCUGGCAUAGCUAAUAGUUUCUCACACACAGAUAUAACUGCAGGCUCAUUUACUGCAAAAUGUCUCCCAGACUCCAGAUCUGUUGUCGUUUUUCUGAGCCGCUUGUCUCUGCCCAGUUUCCUUUGGGGGAGGCUGAAACACAUUUCAGAUUUCACUACAUCACACAGACAGUGAAAGGAAAAAUCCAUAACAACUUACAAACUUUGCACCUCUCAAUUAAAAGAACCUCUCCAGACAUAUGAUAUGUAUAUAGAGAGUGUGCUUGGAACAAUGUGUGUCUGAUAUGUUUUUUUCCACUAAAAAGUAUAAUUCCAACAUUAGAUGCACUUAAAAAUGCAACUACUCUAGAUCAUUAAAAAUUCAAUAAUGAAUGGUCAUUUCUCAUGUUUUCCUACUUCACUGUAAAGUCCAUUCUCAGUGUAUGUUUACUGGUGGCUUCAAGUUUCUACAUCACACUGUAGGAGUUGCAUACUGGACCAGGGUUGACUUCCAAACUAUUUGUGAUGUCAGAAAUCAUGCUGAUAGGCCCCGCCCCUAGAAUCAGAUGUUCAAUGAGCUCAGAGAAACUUUCCUCUUUCAGCAGAUGAAUGUGAAAACCUCCUUCUAGUGUUAAACUCUGCAUAUCAUUCAAACAGUGAUAAUCAAACACCACACUGUAGGAACAGGAAGAAAAACUGAUUUUAAGUGGACUGGGACUUUAAGCAGAACUCACAGUCCAAUAGCCCGCAGCAUAAUGCAGCAUUAAGCACAGGUUAGUGCAGUAAGGUAUGCUAAACCCUGAGAUCAUUCAUAGCUGGAACGAUAAUGAAUGGGUCCAGUGCAGCAUCAAGAUGUUACCACCUGCACAGACUCUGCCCGCGAGGGAAAUUUACGUAAUUCAUAUAGAAAGGUAACAAUGGACAAUAAGAGCAUGUCAUAACAGCUAACAAAAGGCAUUUAAAAAAAUCUGUGAGCACAUCAGGUCUCUGAAAUUCUAUGUCAUUAAAUAGUGUAAUAAAGUGGAAUUAUUUUGCAAUACCUAAGCAUUAACAAUACCUAUAAUAAUAUACCUGUACAGUGUAAUAUUAUAUUUUGUCUUGAGGGGAUUUAGGGUCGACUUCAGCUUUAAACUUUGUAAAGCAGGCUUUGAACUGCAAACUGGCCUAUUUACCUCACUUCAAGCUUUGUGAACCUUGGUCAGCAAACUCAAAUAUAACAUAAAAAAUACACAAAAAACACAGCAUCUCUCUACAAACAGCGAACGUUGAAGACUAUAUGAACUUACCUAUAGACACAAAAGGGCCAUUGACCUCCAGGAUGAAUGUUUGAUAACUGAUUGGCUGGUGGUGAGAGACGUGUCAGCUCAUCCAACAUAUGACCCCAUCUAACCCUAACCCUGUGGUGAUUGGCCACCCCAAGCUCCACCCUAUAAUCCUUACCUCUUCCACUCAGUUGAUGAUAUGAAUGAUAUCAUGCUAGCCUGUGGGGAAGGGGGCCAAAUAACGCUCCAAAGUUUUUUAAAACUGGAUCCCUUGACCUGUGACCUCUAGAUAUCUGAAUAUCUGUUUUUUUGCAUGUGGUAUAUAUGUGUUAUUUUCACCUAGUAGCCUAUAUUUGAAUAUUUCUGCAUACCGAGGUCCCUAAACAGUACUGGAAGUGCAUAAACUGGGAAUGACUGGAAAGCUGAGACACAUACUCCAUGCCCCCCUUUGUAUGUUGCUCUGUAUUUGCUGGAUGUGUAAAUAGGCUUCUUUUUUUUUUUGCCAACAUGUUUGCUUAUCAACUUCAUAAGAUGUCAAUGUUGUGUUUACAACUUGUUGCACUGCCCCCUAGUGACCAAACACCAUGUUGAACUGCCAUGUCUCUACGGUAGGCCAGAUCACCACCAUAGUUUCUCCUAUGUGAUGGACUUAGAUGCCACUAAAUAUUACACACUGGUCCUUUAAGUGAUUUUAAGCUUUCAUCAUUUCUAUCUAUUAAUAGUAACAGACUACAUGCUGAAUAUUCAGAUAUGUAUAUACAGUGGUGUAUUAUAUGAAAUGUAAUGUUUAUGCUGCUUUAUGCUUCUACAUAUAUAUAUAUACAAAAUUAUAUAUAUUUUUUAACUUGGUGCCAUUUGGGGCCACCAAUGCACAGUGAUGUCUCCUUCCAUCUAAUUCCAUAUCCUUGUUUCCAUUCUACUGCCCUCUUCUUUCUACUCAACUCGUCCAUUAAAGAUCAUUUUCCUUCAUGUUUUCUUCUUCUUCAUCUUCUUCUCCCUUAGGGAAUUGAAAUUCCAGCAGCUUCACUCCCCUCCCUGAACCUUUUUCUUCCUCCUUCUCCUCCCACUCUCCCUGCCUCUCCUACCUUCCUCCCUUCCCUCCCUCAUCUUUUUCUCCUUUCUCAGUUCAGUUCAGUUUGAUGUGCUGUUAAGUCCAGUUGAGUUCUUGCUUUUCUCUCUCAAGAUGUCCUGGACUCGAGUCGUUGUGCUCUCUUCGCUCACCACCCUCCUCAUCCUCACCUUUUCCAGUGUGGUGAAAAGUGCAGCAGUCCGGGACGACUCUAAAGCAGGCGAUCCUAAAGGGGCAGCACGGCAUGUGUUCAUGCCUGAGUCAGACGCCUCUAACUUCUUCAAGCACCGCAGUCGCCGCUCACCCAGAUAUUAUUCUGAGCGCCAAGCCGAGCAGAGGGUAAGGCUUUCUGCAAACGAGCGGAGAAGGGAGUACAAUGAGGAGCAAAGGGAUGAGUUUGAGAACUAUGUCGAGGAGGAGCGUGAUGAGCAAAAUGAGAGAUCGAGGGAGAAGAAUGAGCAGGUGCGGGAGUAUCACUACGACGGCCUUUAUCCUCGCUACCACUGGUUCCACUGAGCUGUGGCAUGGAGGGCCAGACUACAGCACCUCUCUUUUUUGAGCAGUGCUCAUACUGUUCACAAAUGCUAAAGUUAUCUCCAUAUUUUUCCCUACUUUAAUCUCCAUUAUAAAGAUUUCUUUCUUUUCUUUGUCUAUUUUAUGAAACAUAAAUUGUGCAAUAAGUGUAAAGUGUAUCAAAAGUGCAGCUUUUAUAUUGUAAGCUACAUUUUAUAAUAUUAAUUGAAGGCUAUGUGUUUUGCAUGCUUGUUUUUACUGCCUUUUUUUUCUUUACAUGUACAUACAAGCUAUACAAUGUCCUUUAUGUUAGCCUGAGGCAUUAGCAGCAAUAAAUCAAGCUCUUAUGUUAACAACUGACUUGUUUUGUCAGAGGGGGAUUGUAACUUUAUUUGUGCAAAGAAGUAUUUAAGUCAAAAUAACAAAUAAAGACAAGUUACCUGA